CAUUGAUCUAAGUUACAUACAUAUUGUUACAUGGAAAGUGCAUAUAGUUUUAUAGAUUGGAAUCAUCUGAAAACAUAUUUCACAUUUAAUGCAAUUUCUAAUGACGUUUCACAGUAUUGUCGAAUUAAUCAUUCACUAAACGCGAAUACUAAAAUAGAAGAAAAAGCUGUAAACUGUUUUUAAUAUUUUUCUGCAUUGAUAAAAAAUAUUUGGAGCAAACAGACAACACCCAUGAAAAAAAUUUCCACCGUUGGACAGAUAUAUUUUCAGUUCCAAUAUUUCUGGCAUACUUUACAGGGACCAUAGUCAUCGCUCUCAGUUUACUAUCACUGGGUUCAUGGGUUGAACUACCAGGAACUACAAUAUCAGCAUUAAUACUCUGUGCUUGUGAAGUUGGCUAUAUGUUUCUUUUCUCCAUAUUUAGUCAGAGGCUAACUGACUUGAAUGAAAAACUCAGGUUUGAAAUCUACUGCAUAAAAUGGUAUCUCUGUGAUAAUGAUGUGAAAACAAGUCUAAAGAUAUUCCAAGAGGUAACUCUGAGGCCCAUGACACUAGUUGCUGGUGGCUUGGUUCCAGCUAAUAUGGAUACUUUUGCAAAAGUGAUAAACAGCUCAUAUUCCUACUACAAUCUUGUCACUGCUUUCAAUAUAGCAUAAUUGUAAUCUAUAACCAACCAAGAACUAAAAAAAAAGAUGAAUUGCAUGACGAUAAAAUUCUUUCUGAAAAACUAAUAUUUGGAACAUCAGCCAUAAAAUCCAACAAGUUGGAACAGUAAUCCAAAAAGUUCACUCUGUAUUAUUAUGACUUAUAGACCUAUGAAUUAUUUAUAAAACCUUGAACUUUGCAAGUAUCUAAAAAU